AUGCUCAUUGCGUAUCGCAUUCACAAUGUGGCUUUUCUUGAGGCUUGUUCUCUCAAGUUGAGAAUGGCUAUCGUAGAGCCGGGAACAGCCGUAGGUGCUAUUGCAGUCACUAGCACAGGCGAGUCUUCCCUGCAGUUGACUUUGAGGACCGAAAUUGGUAGUCGAGACGAGGGGCUGGCACGACAGUUGAAAAUGCUUGUUGAUGUCACGACGCUGGACGAAAUUUGUGAUUAUAUUGAAGAAGUCAACAUGCCAGACAAGCACAUUCCUGCCGCUGAAACCGACUUCGAGGCGAGUUCGUAUUCUUCACUCGGAGGUACGUAG